UAUUGUCAUAAACUCAAGUUGACUUCCUUCUCAUUAUCAGAAUGAGUCGUCUUUUCUGGAGUUCAUUAAUUUUCUUUUGCUUUCUAAGAAACACAAAAAUCGACGGUUCUGUAGGUAACUGGGCUAAAUCAUCAACUAAUAGUAAGGAACCUCAGCGAUCGAAUUUGAGUAUUGAUUUUUGUAAACACGUGUUCCACGGGCCCUUAUCCAAAACAUCAUUUUCAUACUCCGAAGAGACUAAAAUGUAUGUUAUCACAUCUCCCGAUAAUCCACUAAAAUUUCAAAAUCAAAGCUAUUAUUGGGAUGGGCACUAUGUCAAAACUGAUAAAAACUCAACGACUUGUAGUUACAUAAUUGAUUCCAAGAGCGAAGAACUUAACAAAGUAAUAUUUGACAAUAACACCAAGCCAUGGAGGCUGCUCUUCGAAUGUGACGAAAGCCUGUCUUGUUGCGAAUUGGAGUGUUGUGACCUUAAAAGAGCAUUUGUUGCAUUGGUAGUGCUAUUGAUCGUCGGUGUGUGCGGACUAAUAUUAAUGUGUUUGAGUGCGAAGUGGAGAUCGGAAUACAACAGGAAGAAAGCUCUGCUUCGAAAUUUUCAGGUUGUGUACAGAUAUCAGAGCAAUAUUCCUCCACCUCAAGCUUUGCCAUUGCCAGAAACUCAGCAAUACGUCAAUCCUCCCAAUAAUUCUAUUUUUGGAUCCGCUUUUACUAUAAAUUCUCCUUACGGAAUACGUACGGUCUGAAACUUGUACACAUCAGCAUUUCAACAAUUCUU